GCGUAUUGGGUCAUAAAGGUAGAAGAAGCCUAGCCCAGUUUGUGGUAGGAGAAGAAGAAGAAGAAGAAGCGAAUGCGAAGCAACGAAGAAAUCGUGUUCGUUUCUGUUGAAUUGCAACAGUAGAAAUCGAAUUCGGAAGAAGGAAGAAGAAGAAGAUGAAGGUUCGUUCGGAAAGGGAAAGAACCAAAGUGGUGAUUAGGCAUUUACCUCCAUCUCUCACUCAUUCUGAUCUCAUCCAACAAAUCGAUAACCACUUCGCUUCUCGCUACAAUUGGUUCUCUUUUCGCCCCGGCAACACCAGUCACAAGCAUCAGAGAUAUUCCCGAGCUUAUAUUGACUUCAAGCACCCUAAUGAUGUUUUCGAGUUCGCUGAAUUCUUUCAUGGCCAUGUUUUUGUGAACGAAAAAGGUGCCCAGCAUAAAGCAUUGGUUGAGUACGCACCUUCUCAACGUGUUCCGAAGCCAGGUACCAAAAAGGAUGGUCGUGAAGGGUCUAUAUACAAAGAUCCAGACUAUCUUGAGUUCCUCAAACUCAUUGCAAAACCUGAAGAACAUCUUCCUAGCGCAGAAAUACAAUUGGAAAGAAGGGAAGCUGAGCAAGCCGGGGCUAACAAGGAACCACCCGUUGUCACACCCCUUAUGGAAUAUGUUCGUCAGAAACGUGCUCUUGGUAGUGGUGUGCAGGUUUCAUCAGCAGCAACAAAAAUUAGCAGAAGAGCUAGAGCUGCUUUGCCAGGCAAGCCUGGCUCUGGUAAUGCUAAACGGGGAUCUGAGAAGAAAAAGUAUGUUCAGAAGGACAAUGCCAAGAUUGCUAAUCGGAAAGAGUUGCGAGACAAGUCAGCCUUUAUUGCGGUACCGCGCCGAGAGGAUCAAUCUGCUGAAUCAAGUGCGAAAGGAACUUCUGAAAUUGAAACUUUGCAUGGCAUUGAAGGUCCCAUUUCUGGAAUUCCACUGACUUCUGACUCGGGAAAGAAAAAAAUUCUUCUUCUGAAAGGAAAACAGCGUGAAAUUCCAAAUGCCGCUGAAGGUAUGGUAAAACAGCAAAAUGUACAAUCUGGAAGUUCUCUAGUUUCAACAUCUGCAAAACAGACCCAAAGGCGUGAAGGUAGUGGAAGAUUGAUCAGAAGCAUACUUCAAAAUAAUGAACCUCGUCAAAGUCAGUCUGCAUCUGGUACACAACCUAAGAUUCAAAUCUUAACUUCUGAGAAUGGGAAACGACCACCUCGUCCUUUCAUUUCAAGGUCUGGGUUAAGUGAUCAAGUCUCUAGUCAUGAUGCUGGGCAAGUUAAUUCUGAAGGAGAUUCUAAAAGGGUUUCGGAUGAAAAGUUCAUAAAAAGAGAUCUGCAUGGUUCAGGUAGUGUCAGUGAGAAAACAGAAAGACGUACUAGAAACAAGGAUAGACCUGAUCGUGGUGUUUGGGCACCUCUUCGUCGUUCUGAUGUUUCACAUUCUGGUAAUGAGCACCCAUCAUCCUCAUGGUCGCAAACUACUCUGUCAAAUCCUGAAUCAGUUGAAGGAGAAGUAAAAGAAAGUGUUCCUUCAGGAAAUAGGAGUCCAGAAUUCUCAGCUUCUGCAGUUGGGCGUGGCAGUCCUUCUGUUGAGAAUGGUUCUCAAAGAAAUUUUACUCGCCGUGGAGCUUCCUAUAUAGUGAAGGAUGAAGGUGCAGUGAGUUUGAGUGAAGGUAAACCUUCCAAGAAAGGUGUUGCUGGGAAUAGUGCUCAUGAGAAACAAGUUUGGGUACAGAAAUCAUCUUCCGGGUCUUAAAAUAUCUGUGACAAUGGACACUCAGUCAAGGCAAUAAUGCCUUGCAAAGAUUUGAGGUGAUAAUUCCUGCUACAUUGAGCUACGGUCUCCGUUUAGGACAUCAUCCACAACUAUUUCAGAUCAACCUGAGCCUAUGCAACUUGUAAAGUAUGUAAUGAUGAUCCAGUUGCCUGACGGAGCCUUGCACAAUGAAGAAGGGAAUGCAAAAUUACAGAUCUCUUGACAUGAUUAUCUACUGAAAAUAGAUUGGCAUUGUUAACCAUGUUGGUGGGUUAGAGACCCACCCUUGUAUGGUUCGUGUGUCUCUCCAUAAAUUGUGAAUAUUUCAGUGUUUGGGAUGCAACUGUGAAGUACUUGAUACUUGUUAUGGGAUAGUUAGUCUGUUAGAAAGGGUGAAGAAGCAUUUUGUCCUGUUCAGUGGACAUGUAGUUGAAUUGUGUUUUGUCGAAAGGCUUAUUGCUUGAUUUUAGCGUGCACAUGCUGUACAUGUAUGUUAUUACUGUAAGUAUAUUAAUUAACCUGUCUUUGGUACAUUUAUCCUAUGAUGAGGAAUUUCUACCAUUUUAA